GGUGUCAUAGUCGUAUUUUGACAGUUAUUGUCGUAUAUGCUACGUUUGUUUUGGUUUUUGAGACACAAACAUAAAUCUGGACUUAUUUCUAGAAAUUGUAGAGUUUUGCAUCGACUCAAGCUACUUCAAAUACGACAACAAACAUUACCUACAGAUUUUUGGAACAGCGAUGGGAAACCCACUCUCGCCAGCAUUAGCCGACUUGAUUAUGGAAACACUACUAGAUACAGUAACCAGAACUCUCAAUUGCAAACCAGCCUUCAUUAAAAAAUUCGUCGACGACCUACUUCUAGCCAUACCAAUGGAUCAACUAAACCAUGUUCUACAAACAUUCAAUAGUUACAACGAGCACAUCCAGUUCACUUAUGAAACUGAAGUAGAUAAGAAAAUACCCUUUUUGGACUUACUACUAAUUCGAACAGACACCCAAACCAUCAAAAGUGAAUGGUACAUAAAACCCAUUGCUAGUGGCAGAUUCUUGGACUACUACUCGUUCCACCCGCUUCAUCAAAAACUAAAUAUGGCCCAAAACUUCAUUCAAAAAGUCACCCACUUGUCCACCAAUCUACAGGCUAAUGAAAAAUCACAAAUAAUACACCAACAGCUGAGUUUAAACAAUUAUCCAAGAAACCUACGAAACCGACUAAUCAACCGAAUGCACGAACGGAACCACAGCAACAUACUCAUCCCACCAGCAAAUGAAGAAACCCUGCAAUAUACUUACCGAUCUAUAGCAUACAUACCUCACCUGUCGAACAAAAUCGACAAGCACCUGAAAAACGAUUACAAAAACAUACGACUAGCACAUCACAACACGAGAACAGUUAGACACUUAUUCACAAAGCUAAAGGAUCCAGUACCUGACGAUCAACAAAACAACAUAAUAUACAGCAUUCCAUGCGAAUCCUGUCCAGCAUGUUACAUAGGUAUGACGACUAACAAAUUAAAAACUAGGAUCUACGGACAUCAAACACACUACAAUGCACUGGAUAAAUACAAACAACUAGGACUCACCGCCACCGACCCAGAAAUCGUAGCACUUAAGGAAAAAACUGCCUUGUUAGAACACAGCAUCGCCCAGGAUCAUAGAUUCGACCUAAAAAACACAAAAAUUAUAGACAAACACAACAAAAAACAUGCACUACCGUUCAUCGAAGUUUGCCACAUCAUCACCAAUGAAAAUAGUAUCAACAGACGUACAGACACUGAAGGCUUAAACACAAUCUAUGCUGGAAUUAUACAUUCUCUCAAAAACCAAAACAAACGUAGCAUAUACGACAAUAACUGUCAAAAUACGACUAUGACACCACACACUCACACACAUACAUAAAUGAACAUGUCAAAAAUAGUAGACGGAAAAGGAGAGACACAAACCAAAAAAUAUUCGCUCUAACUAGUGCACAGAAAAUCAAGCUUUGUAGAAUUAUAGCGAGCAAGCUUUUUCAUUCUGUUAACAGUGAGUCGCAUAAAUAUUGUUACACAUGAUUCACUAUCGGACGCCAUUACAAAUUACACACUAUAGACAACCAAUGUUGGACAUACAAACAUACACAACAACAAAACGUAUAGUUUCUGUAAGUAUUCAUUCACAGACAAACGGACAUAUUUGUAACGGAAAUACUAAAAAUUACAGAAUCCUUGAAAAAGGUGAAAUACAUUCACCGAAACUGUCGGACAUUGAAACAACAAAUCGUUUUUGCUGUUUUAUUGACUGCUUUGCCGAAACUCGCAUAAUAAGUAUAUACCCACAGUCGUUAAACAUUCACCUAGUUUAUAUUUUUCCUAUUUUCGUUUAAUGUAUUAACAUUGUCCAUAGGUCUAUUCAUCGAUUUUUUAGCAAAAGUUUUCCGCAAAAGCGCGUUUUUCUCUAAGAGAUUUGC